AACAAAUAUUUCUUUGACAUUUGAACACAAAACAACUAAACAAAUCGAAGAAUUGAAUUUUUUGAAGAAAAAACAACGUUGAACGGAGAUUAUCUUGAAAAUAUGGAUGAAAUAAUAAGAGUUCAUCAAUGUUUGUUUUGCCCGCAAACAUUUGGCAGUGCCAGCGAAAAAGAUGAUCACAUUCUACAGCAUUUUGCCCAAGAAACAUGCAUCGAAUGCGACCGAAAUUUGAUUCGUAUCGGUAGUAAUUUGUACACUCUACACAAUGCCGUAACGUGUAUCAAAGUGAACAUCAAAACAGAAGACCCAAUUUACCAAGAGGACCAACAUGAAACCAUCGACGAAAAAAUAGAUGAAAACGAUUUUACAGCGGUCACAUCUUUGGAUUCAAUGUUUGCCGUUGAAACAAAACCCGAUUUAAUUGCUUUGAAUGAACAACUUAUGCUUGCCGAUGAGAAUAAUUUGGUUGAGAAUUCCAAACUUGACUCAAUUGAUACAUCUAAAGCCGCAUCUAAAUCGAAAAGUAACAAUGAAAAGGAAUUCAAAUGUAAUAUAUGCGGCAAAGUGCUCGCAAGCAACAAAUCAUUAAAAAAUCACAAAUCAAUCACACAUGGUGCGCCUGGUCAUUUCCCAUGUCACCUUUGUCCGAAUGUGACUUUAACGCGAAAGGAUUCAUUGAGAAAACACAUGCAACUGAAACAUGAUCCAAAUUGUGUCAAAUUCAGAUGUAUUUAUUGCCCAUUGGUGUUUUUGCAAGAAAUAUCUCUGCAAAAACAUCUUUCUAAAUGUAAAAGACGACCCGAGAACUUAGAAUAUGAAGAUGAUGACACCACUGUUGAAACCGUAGAUACUGUUCAAAUUAAGGAGGAACACAUCGAUGAUGAGUCUGAGAUUACAAUUUGCACACAGAGCAUGGAGAUCGGACCAAUAACACAAAAUGAAAGCUUGAAUGAACCGAACGAUCAAGAAAACGUGAAUCAACCAGAUGGCGACGACAAGAAAUGUGACAUAUGCCUUAAAACAUUUUUUGAUAAAAACGGAGUUCGACGACACAAAAUGCUUGUGCAUGGUGAAACAUCCGGGACGCAUGAGUGUUUGAAAUGCAAAAUAAAAUUCUUCAGCGCAAAAGGUUUGGCCAAUCACGAGCUAAAAUGUACAAAAGAUGUUGCCGAAAGUCUCGAAUGUAAAGUCUGCAAAAUGGUAUUCGCUAUAAAGUCAAGUCUUACAAGACAUAUGCAUUAUAUACAUUUAAAAGUAAAAAAAUUUCGUUGUACUACCUGUGGAAGCGUUUCUACUGACAAAGUCACAUUUGAAAAUCAUAAAUGUGGAAGAAAUAUAAAAAACCCAGCCGCAAGUGCGAUGAAUCGACAAAACACCACCGGUAAAUUUGUAUGUGAUACCUGUGGAAAGAAAUUAAGAACGAAACUAUCGUUACGACAACAUAAAAUUCGCUUUCACAGUGCCAAAGGAACACAUUUUUGUGCUUGUAUGAGAAUUUUCAGUACGGCUCAAGCACUUACCGAACACAUUGCUGUAUGUCAGCUGAAAAAUCGACGACGAUUUCCAAUUAUACAUAUGGGAAAAACUUUCGAAUGUCAUUUAUGCCAUAGGGUCAUUAAAGAGGUAGACUCACUUCGCAGACACAUGAGGCAAAUACAUUUGCCAUGUAAAAAAAGAUACGUUUGUAAGACGUGUGGUCAACAUUUUUCAUUUCCUAUUGGACUUCGCAAUCACAAUGAGUCGGUUCACUUGAAAAUUCGCAAAUUUUUGUGCACAAUAUGUGGAAAAUCCUUUUUAAGCGAACAAGCAUUACGGCCACAUAUGUAUAAACAUACAGGUGAAACUCCGUAUAAAUGUAAAUUUCCAUUUUGUGAGAAAGCAUUUACUAAUCCAACAGUACGAGAUAUGCAUAUACGGACUCAUACAGAAGAAAGAAAUUUUAAGUGUCCAUUUGAAGGAUGCGACAAACGAUUUAAGACUCCAGCUAAUGUUUAUCAGCAUAAGAGAAAAAAGCAUGGCUAUAAGAAAAAGAAAGAACAAUUGUAAUAACAUAUGGAAAUAAUCAGAACUAAGAACGAAUUA